CAACAUUGAAUGGGAACGUUUAGUCAUCUCGGCAUCGCGUCGAGUCAGCGGUUGUAAACGCCUGACACAAAGCAAUAGAAACCAGAAUUAGCUUUAUGAUUUCAGAUAUCAGAUUUAGGAUUACACGGGCCGCUUAACAGCUCGACGCGACUUUACAACAGUGGCCACAAAAAACCGAACGUACGUCUACGAAAGAGCUCCAUGGAUGGUUCAGAUGGCAGCCAGUUGUUUGAGGACACAAGCGGCUGCUCUUCAAAGACGUCCCAGCAGAGGAACCAGGCGAGCGGACCUCAGUCGGCGGGUUUCCCGGGCCAGUCGGUGCUGUCGGACCCCGUGUCCAACCUGGCCAUGGCUUACGGCAGCUCACUCGCAACUCAAGGGAAAGAAAUGAUGGACAGAAAUCUGGACAGAUUCAUCCCCAUUUCCAAGUUGAAGUACUACUUCGCAGUGGACACGUUGUACGUCGGGAAGAAGCUGGGUCUUCUCGUUUUCCCUUACAUGCAUGAGAAUUGGGAGGUGAGCUACCAGCGGGACACGCCCGUGGCGCCGCGCUUCGACCUCAACGCUCCCGAUCUCUACAUCCCCGCCAUGGGCUUCAUCACGUACGUGCUGGUGGCCGGACUGGCCUUGGGCACGCAGAACAGAUCUUUUUCCCUAAUCGGACCCGAAAAGGCCAAAAUGGCGAAGCAGAAACGACAACAACAACAGUUUUCUCCCGAGCUGCUGGGAGUCCAGGCCAGCUCGGCGCUGGUGUGGCUCAUCAUGGAGGUCUUGGCCGUCCUCCUGUCGCUUUACCUCGUGACCGUGAACACCGACCUGACCACCAUCGACCUGCUGGCCUUCUCCGGGUACAAAUACGUCGGGAUGAUUGUCGGCGUUGUCGCAGGACUGAUUUUUGGAAGGCCCGCCUACUACCUGUCGUUGCUGUGGUGCUGCGCUGCCAUCUUUGUAUUUAUGACCCGGACUCUGCGUCUGAAGCUCCUGUCCGAGGCGGCGGCGGCGGAGGGGAGGCUCGUGAAAGGGGCCCGGAACCAGCUGAGGAUGUACCUCACGAUGUCUAUAGCGGCGGCCCAGCCCGUUUUCAUGUUCUGGCUCACUUAUCACCUGAUCACAUAAACCUCCCACGCCCCACGAGUUGCGACACCACGUGAGCGUCGCGAGAGAGAAAAUGUCUUUUUAAUGCCUUUACCGCUCACAGCACAGCCACUGUUUUUUGUACUGUUUUUCUUUUUUUGUCCUUAAACAUUUCACUAAGUUGUUUUCCCAACACUGUAAUUAUUCGUUUUUUUUAAUAUUUAAAUGUACAUUUGUUAGACGCUGCUAUGGUCUGUGUGUAUUCUGAGCUAACUGGGUGCACACAUAAAGUAAACACACUCGUUCCUUACGAUUCAGUCAAACCAAACGCGCACUCAAUGAGUGACGCACCGACCCCGAUUGAUUAUCUAAAAAUUCUCCCGACAGGUAUUGAUCAUAAUUUUUUUUUUUUUUCCUUGGCUCUAAUGCGGUUCUUCGGUACCGCCGCCGAGCUUUUUGUCACACGGACGCGCUUGGCUUUCCGGUCGUAAAGUCGUGUUGGAUCUCACCGAGCAGUGGUGAUGCUGUUUUGGUAUCACUUUUAACAAACAAUGUACAUUAUUUGUUGCUUUUCAUAUUGAAAUUCAGAUGGAAUAAAGGAAAACAUUUAGACGAUG